AUGGAUUUUUUGUCAAUGUAUGAAUUUUAUAAAAACGUAAUUAGUUCCUAUGAAGAAUUUAGAUUUCUUAUUAUUCCAAUAAUUAAAGUUAAAGAGAGAAUGUUAAGCUUUCUUAUUUUUAAAAAUAAACAAGUGAUUAAUUUAUCUGAAUUUGAUGGAAUAUACUCUCCUGAGAUAAAAGAAUCUUUAUGUGAGGAAGUUUUAGAUUAUAUUUUAAGAAAGAACAUUAGAAAUGAACCGAGUAUUGAAGAAUAUGAAAAAUUUAAAAAUUAUUGCAAAGAAUUUUCUAGAAAAGUUGUAGAAAUAAUUAUUUUGAUUGAAAAAUAUAAUGUUUUUUAUAACAACAGUUUGACUAGUUUUACAAUUGACUCUUGUAUUUUUAAAUAUCUUGAUAAUAAUAAUAAUUCGUUAAAAAAAGAAAUUCAACAACUAAAUAUAAAAUUAUCAAAUUAUCUUUUAAAAGAAAGUGAAAGAUAUAAUAGAUAUUUAUGUUUUUACAUGAAUGGCCUUUUUCCUUUAUAUAAAGAACGUUAUGUUCCUUUCUCUUUUGAUAAAGAAAGAGACAGUGUUUCAGAAAAUUAG